AUGGAGGAGCCUGCCACAGCACCGUGGGGUUUGAGAAUCAGCGACGCCGACUUUAAGAAGCUCAAAGCUGGUUUCGAGCCUCAGGAUCAAGAUGACAAAUAUCGCGUCUCAGUCACGGAUCAGAGCCAAAGCGGUACCAUCUCUAUCCACUUUUCUCGAACCGCGACGCGAAAGGAAUUCUACGUGCUUAUCAUUAAGCCAAACGACAGUGGAAGCAGCACCGGUGGUGUGGAGAUCGAAGCUAUCACUUGGGAACAGAACAAGGGUGGUAUUCACAUCUCGGAGGAGCAGGGCAAGAAGGAAGUAGUGCUUGUAGCUAGACACCUUUUGGAGUGCGAUUUUGAUGCGCUUCCAGAGUACGACGUCUCGGAUAUGUGGAGUCAUCCUGCUGCUCACAUCCGUGCCAAGUGA